UUGUUGUUACUGCGAAUGAAGUAACUUCUCAAAUCACAACAUACCAUAUGCAUUCACAUCUCUACUACACGCCCAUCACGCUCUUUCCACAACUAACUUCACCACCCCUUUAAUGCCCCUCCAAACUGCCAUCCACAUCGCCAAAAGCUUCACACACAGUACAUAUCUGCCAACAUUAUUCUUGCCAAUAUUAUCGUGCCAGAGGCAUUACUACGAGUAUUAUACAACAAAGCUGCUUCACACGAAUGCGUAAACUCACCGCAACUGGAUAGGAUCGAAAAUGGAUCGUAGUAAAACUAAUAGUAUAGAAUUUGGUAAUAUCCCAGCAGCGUCGUCUACUGCCGCUACUGCAAUGUCAGCAUCGUGGGCGAACAAUAAGGAAUCAUCAUCACAGCCCAACGAAGAUGAUUCGCCAGAGGAUGACGCUGAUAUCGCCACGCCCGCCAAAGCCACCGAUCCACUGGCGCCAAAGCGUGCUAAUGAGCGCGUUCUUGUUGUAUCGGUAACGGAGCGCAAUCGUGAAACGUGGAGUCAGAAAGCAGAGUUCUUAUUGGCCGUCAUUGGUUUCGCCGUCGAUUUGGGCAAUGUUUGGCGUUUCCCCUACAUCUGCUAUCAGAAUGGCGGAGGUGCUUUUCUUAUACCUUAUUGCGUAAUGUUGAUAUUUGGUGGUCUACCGCUUUUUUACAUGGAGCUUGCGCUGGGCCAAUUUCAUCGCUGCGGUUGUUUAAGUAUUUGGAAACGCAUUUGUCCGGCAUUGAAAGGCGUCGGUUAUGCCAUUUGCCUAAUCGACGUUUAUAUGGGGAUGUACUACAAUACAAUAAUCGGUUGGGCGGUUUACUAUUUAUUCGCGUCGUUCACCUCAAAACUGCCUUGGACGUCAUGUGGCAAUUCGUGGAACACCAACAGUUGCAUGCCGGUGACAAAUGUGAAUUUCACGGACAAGGCGACUACACCAGCGAAGGAGUUCUUCGAACGCAUGGUGCUUGAGCAAUACAAAUCGGAUGGCCUGGAUUAUAUGGGCCCGGUGAAGCCCACAUUAGCCUUGUGCGUUUUCGGUGUAUUUAUUUUGGUAUACUUUUCCUUGUGGAAGGGUGUACGCAGCGCUGGCAAAGUGGUGUGGGUAACGGCUUUGGCGCCAUAUGUGGUUCUCUUCAUAUUAUUGGUGCGCGGCGUUUCGCUGCCAGGUGCAAUGGAGGGCAUUAGGUACUAUCUUACGCCAGAGUGGCAUAAAUUGAAGAACUCGAAGGUUUGGAUCGAUGCGGCUUCACAAAUAUUUUUCUCGCUUGGACCUGGUUUUGGAACGUUGCUGGCUUUGUCCAGUUACAAUAAAUUCAACAAUAACUGUUAUCGAGAUGCGCUGAUCACGAGUAGUGUUAACUGUCUAACCAGUUUUCUAGCGGGUUUUGUCAUAUUUUCCGUAUUGGGCUACAUGGCGCAUGUGCAAAAAACUUCCAUCGAUAAAGUCGGUCUUGAAGGACCCGGUCUUGUGUUCAUAGUCUAUCCGGAGGCGAUUGCCACAAUGAGCGGUUCAGUAUUUUGGUCCAUCAUUUUCUUUCUCAUGCUCAUCACACUUGGCUUGGAUAGUACAUUUGGUGGAUUGGAGGCGAUGAUAACCGCCCUCUGUGAUGAAUAUCCGCGCGCCAUUGGACGACGAAGGGAAAUUUUCGUGUUGGGGCUCUUGGCUUGCAUUUACCUGUGCGCAUUGCCGACUAUGACUUAUGGAGGCGUUUUCUUGGUUAACUUUUUGAACGUUUAUGGUCCCGGCCUUGCAAUAUUGUUUGUGGUAUUUGUGGAAGCGGCUGGCGUUUUUUGGUUCUAUGGCGUCGACCGCUUUUCAGAGGAUGUGGAACAAAUGUUGGGCAUAAAACCGGGCAUUUUUUGGCGCAUCUGUUGGACUUACAUAAGUCCUGUAUUUUUAUUGGGCAUUUUUAUCUUCUCCAUACUCGGCUAUGAGGAAAUGUUGGGGGAGGAAUAUCAGUAUCCCGAAUGGAGCAUUAAAGUCGGCUGGGCUGUCACAUGCUCCUCGGUACUUUGCAUACCAAUGUACAUCAUCUACAAGUUCGUAUUUGCGUCCAAAGGUGAUUGUCGCGCGCGUUAUCGCAAUGCCUUCAAAGUGCCCACGCAGUGCGGGUCAGUGCUGCCGGGACAGCAGGGCACCACAGUGUGACAUGAUUCAGA